UAGUACGGUCGCAAUCCGAGGAGGAAAAAAAGUGAAAGGAUUAUUUUUGUUGUUUUUCGGUCAAAGAAAAUUGCAAUCCGUUAGACGUUCAAUUUAUAACUCGGUGCGUUUCGUUUGAACGAAUGUCCCUACGCGGGAAACUGGGUUGAGUCAACGAUGCGUGGCGAUAUCACCGAGCAAAUGUUUGAACUACGUGAUUGUUGUUUUUAGAAUGUGAACUGUUUAUUGAUAUUCGGUUUCCAAAUAGUGAGUGCACCGAUAGUGCGUUUUCACUUUCAAGAUUGGAUUUCAGCUCAUUCAACAGUUUGGGGAGGAUUCUGUGACUGAUUGAGCGAAAUGCGGAGGAUGCACGAUGACGACGUCGACGGCUCGUUCAUCGGAAGUUCGACGCUAGUACAAUGUUUUAACAGAACGUUUUAGCCGUGGUGUUGAAAAGCAUUCCAGUCGAUAAAUAAAGUGUGUAGUGUAAACACAUGCUCCCCCAGCUAUAGUUAGCCGGCUGAAAAUAAUUGGUAUUUAUGGUCCAGAUGGAGCAAUUCUACCUCAUGCAGAGCGAUUACUCGAAGAAUAGUCAGGAAAUCAUUAUUAAUCGAAUGUUUGGUCAAGUGGUUACCAGCUGGGAGAUUAUAGUGUGCACGUUCCUCACUUUUAACGUAUCAUUCCAAAGUGUCUUAGGAGUUUUGGGAAAGUGAAUUACUUUAAGUGGAUGACACUUUACACCAUUGAGAGAAGCAACAGGUUGAACAUUAGUUCUCGGGCAAACUAUCGAAGGAUCACAAUCCUACAGCCAUGAAUACGACAUCUCCGAAAUCUUCGCUAGUCAAGCUGGGCCUGCAUUCCAAGAGCAAAUCUUUCCGGGUGAUGGUUCUCGGCCAGAGUGGGGUAGGGAAAACUGCCAUGGUAGUCCGGUUCAUCACAAAACGAUUCAUCGGGGAGUACGAUCCGAAUCUGGAAAAAGUCUACACUUUUCACACCCUGGUAGACAAUGAGUUUGUUCAGUUUGAAAUUCUCGAUGCAGCCGGUCAACCCAAUGAAACCGACUGCGUUACGCUGGAAGCCAACAUUCGAUGGGCAGAUGCAUUCAUAUUGAUGUACUCGGUCACCGACAAGUGCAGUUUCGAUGAAUGCAAUCGGUUAAAGUUUUUAAUAAAUUUUAACAAGCGUCGGCGUCGAUUGGGUUCUUAUAGUAAGGACACCCUCUUAGACGUUCCGGUUAUUCUGGUGGGCAACAAGAUCGACCAGAUGCACGAUCGGAUGGUGUUGCAGGACGAGGGCCAGCGCCGGUCCCGGGAGAUUGCCUGUGCCUGUUUCCACGAGAUAUCGGUGAGGGAAAGUAUCGAUCAGGUCGUCGGCGUAUUUAGAGACGCGUGUCGCUUCUGGCGGGUCCUGAAUCGGUACCCGAAGCUGAAGCGUUCCACCAGCGAUGUUCACGAUUUGCACUCGGAGGUCGAGAUGAUCGUCAGUCCCGAUUGCAUACAUCCGUUGUGCAACUGCGAUUUGAGCCAUGAUAAGCGCAGGUCGAUUGUUCUGUUGGGACGUCCUUGGACCGAGGAAGAUCCCAACGAGACGGAUGAAUCCGAAUCCAGUUGUUGUUCGUCACAGAAAUCCGACGUCGAAGAACCGUUUAGGGGUCGAGCGUCAACCGAUGGGACGCUGCUUUCGAGACCUCGUCGGUGGCGUUAUGCGCCGCCAGGAUCUCUGAUGCCCCACGCCACCCGAGUCGAGCGGCGGAUGAGCAUUUCCAUGCGCGGGAGUAAUGCCAGCUAUUGAGCGAUGCCGGGCAACUUACGAAAAUGUCCGUAGAUUGUGAUGUUUCCGACUCAUUAUAGUUGGUAGCUUCGCUGUGCUUCAAUAAUGUAUUGUACAUAGAGAACUCUUUUGAAAGGUAUUGUGAGUGUUGCAUCAUGAGAUUUACUGAGCUACCAGUCGACUGGUUCUAAUUCCCUGCUUAUAUAAGUCAAAACGGCCUACGUACAUGAUAGAGGAAAUAUACAC